UUAAUAGUACCAUAUUGAUUUUGUUUCCUCCACAACUUGUGGCAUUCAUUUCCAGCCAUUCUAUUCGUUUAUUCAUAGUGUGCUCCGGCCAAAAUUUUAUACAUUAACCAUUGCGAGUUUUGAAAAAAAAACAAAAAAAAAGGUUUAGAUUCAUAUCGUACAAAUAUAAUUUUGCACAUUUCGACAAGUGAAAAUCUCCCAUUGACAGUAUUCUUGCAUAAAGAUCAGGGAAUUGCCAGUAACAAUCUGGUUUUUCGAUCAUUCUUGUGGAAAAGCCAAUCAUAUUGGUCUACUUCAUUUCAAUAACGUCUUAAGUCUUUGUUUCGUUUCAGCAAAAGGUGGUGAUUAAAGUGGUCUCAAUGAGUGAUCCCAAAACCCGCAAGAAGGCCCUCAAAACUAUUGUUAGUUGCUUUGGUGUUGAUUCUAUAGCCUUGCAAGGGGAGAGCAAGGAUGAGAUAGAAGUCAUUGGAGAAGGAAUGGAUGAUGCAGUGACAAUCACUAAGUCGCUGAGGAAAAAUGUUGGCCAUGCGGAGAUUGUUAGUUUGGGCCCCGUUGAUUGAUAAACUAAGGAAGAUGAUGAGAAACAUGACAACCAUUGAUAAAAAUUGGAACUAAAAGUUUAUACGGGUCUAGUAGCCAGAAUGGCUAGAAAUCGGAACUAAAGAGGGAGAGUGAAUUUAUGUUGAUCCAAUCAUGUAGUUUUUUUUUUUUUUUUUGAAAAGGCAAUCACGUAGAUGGUUACUACAUAGUGCUUACUUACUAUCGAACACGUAUAAUUUGUAUUAUUAACGAUAUAACAUGAAGACAUUCUCGUAUGGCAG